GUUUCCCCUGGCACGACCAUUGCAUUCCUCUCGCCUUUUUUGCUUGUCCGUUCCGCUCCUUGUUGAUUCUACCACCAUGAGUGCCGCCGAUACCGAAAGCUACGCCUUUUCCGCGGAUAUCAACCAGCUCCUUUCGUUGAUCAUCAACACGUUCUAUUCCAACAAGGAAAUCUUUCUCCGCGAAUUGAUCUCCAACGCGUCCGAUGCCCUCGACAAGAUCCGCUACCAGUCCCUCACGGACUCCUCCGUCCUGGACACGGAGCCCGAACUACAGAUCAAGCUCACUGCCGACAAGGCCAACAACACCUUGACGAUUGAGGACUCGGGCAUUGGCAUGACCAAGGUUGAUCUCGUCAACAACCUCGGAACCAUUGCCAAGUCCGGAACCAAGGCCUUCAUGGAAGCCCUCUCCGCCGGAGCCGACAUUUCCAUGAUUGGACAGUUCGGAGUGGGCUUCUACUCGGCCUACCUCGUCGCCGAUAAGGUCGAAGUCACCUCCAAGCACAACGACGACGACGCGCACGUCUGGAGUUCCGAAGCCGGCGGCUCCUUCACCGUCGUCAAGGCCGAAGACCCGGGUUUCAACCGUGGUACCCGCAUCGUCUUGCACCUCAAGGAAGACAUGUCCGAGUACCUCGAAGAAAAACGCGUCAAGGAACUCGUCAAGAAGCAUUCCGAGUUUAUCGGAUUCCCCAUCAAACUGUACACCGAAAAGACCACCGAAAAGGAAGUCACCGAUGAUGAAGACGAUGACGAGGAAGACGCCGACGAUGAUGACAAACCCAAGGUGGAAGAAGUCGACGACGAAGAAGACGCCAAGAAGGAAAAGAAAACCAAAAAAAUCAAAGAAGUCAGCCACGAAUGGGAACACCUCAACAACACCAAACCCAUCUGGAUGCGCAAACCCGACGAUGUCUCCCAAGACGAGUACGUGGCCUUUUACAAGUCCGUUUCUAACGAUUGGGAAGAACACGCUGCCGUCAAGCACUUUUCCGUCGAAGGUCAACUCGAAUUCCGUGCCAUCUUGUUUACUCCCAAGCGUGCUCCCUUUGACAUGUUCGACGGCGGUAGCAAGAAAAAGCACAACCACAUCAAGCUCUACGUCCGUCGAGUCUUUAUCAUGGACAACUGCGAAGAUAUCUUGCCUGAAUGGUUGCAGUUUGUCCGGGGUAUCGUUGACUCGGAGGAUCUUCCCCUUAACAUUUCGCGCGAAACGCUCCAGCAGAAUAAGAUUCUACGUGUCAUCAAGAAGAACCUGGUCAAGAAGUGUAUCGAGAUGUUCAACGAUUUGACCGAAAACGAGGACGCCUACAAAAAGUUUUACGAAGCCUUUAGCAAAAACCUCAAGCUCGGCAUUCACGAAGACUCGACCAACCGCGCCAAGAUUGCCAAGCUCUUGCGUUACCAUUCCACCAAGUCGGGCGAAGAAAUGACCUCACUCGACGACUAUGUGGGCCGUAUGGACGACAAACAACCCGGAAUCUACUACGUGACGGGCGAAUCCAAGCGCGCCGUCGAAACCUCGCCGUUUUUGGAGCGCCUCAAGAAGAAGGGAUACGAAGUCCUUUUCAUGGUGGACCCCAUUGACGAGUAUGCAGUUCAACAACUCAAGGAGUUUGAAGGCAAGAAGCUCAUCAGUGCCACCAAGGAAGGUCUCGAAAUCGAGGAAGACGAGGACGAGAAGAAGGCCUUUGAGGAAGCCAAAACCAAGGCAGAAUCCCUCUGCAAACUCAUGAAGGAAGUCCUCGACGACAAGGUCGAAAAGGUGGUCGUGUCUUCCCGCUUGGCCGAUUCUCCUUGCGUUCUCGUUACCGGCGAGUACGGCUGGACCGCCAAUAUGGAACGUAUCAUGAAGGCUCAGGCCCUUCGUGACGCCACCCAGUCGUCCUACAUGUCUUCCAAAAAGACCAUGGAAAUCAACCCCCAGAACUCGAUUAUUGUAGCUCUUCGUGAAAAGGCUGAGGCCGACCAGAGCGACAAGACCGUUAAGGAUCUUAUUUGGCUCUUGUACGAUACGUCACUCCUUACGAGUGGAUUCUCUCUCGAUGAGCCUGCGACCUUUGCGUCCCGCAUUCAUCGCCUCGUCAAGUUGGGUCUCUCCAUUGACGAUGAUGGUGCCGAUGGCGACGAUGACGAGAUGGACGACUUGCCGCCUUUGGACGGGGAUGACGAAAACGAGGAGUCUGCCAUGGAACAGGUCGACUAAACCUGGUGGCCCGGUUUUACGUUACGCAACUAGACAAGAGACUUUUUCACCACCACCGUAGGGAAAUAAAAUAAGCAAUUGUAGAGAACGA